GUACAGCUUCUUGCUAGAGUGAGUCAGCAGCUUUGGGUUGAGCUCAUCCAGGAGGCUGUGGGAUCACACUGUUCUCCUUCAUCAUCUGUAUUCCUUUCCCUGUACUGUGUAAAAUUAAUGUUGAGUAUUGUACAUUAAAAUGCACAAACUGAAGCAGUCGCAAGUGUCCAAAGUGCGGCAGUUUGUCUCCAUCACGGGCACAGAUGAGCCGACUGCCACAAACUGUCUCUCCCAGAGCAACUGGCGAUUAGACCUAGCCACUGACAACUUCUACCAGGACCCAAUGCGCUACUUUGUGGAACCUCCCCGAGCCGCAGUUGAAAAAAAGAAACUGGAUUCUCUCUUCAACAAGUACAGGAAUUCCAUUGAGGAGGACAAGAUGCUUGCCGAGGGAGUGAGCAGGUUUUGUGAGGAUGCCAAUCUGGACCCCACCGGACUGACAGUGCUGAUUGUGGCGUGGAGGUUCAAGGCUGCCACUCAAUGCGAGUUCUCUAGAAAAGAGUUUGUAGAGGGAAUGACUGACCUAGGAUGUGAUACAAUGGACAAAUUGAGGAAGAAAAGUGAAUCGUUAGAACGAGAGAUACGAGACCAAUCAAAAUUUAAAGACUUCUACCAAUUCACUUUCUCCUUUGCAAAGAAUCCAGGACAAAAAGGACUAGAUUUGGAAAUGGCCAUAGCUUAUUGGAACAUUGUUUUGAAAGGAAAAUUCAAGUUUCUUGACUUGUGGUGUACAUUUUUACAGGAACAUCACAAACGUUCCAUCCCCAAAGACACUUGGAACUUACUGCUAGACUUUGCCACUACAGUUGAUGAGCAACUGACCAACUAUGAUGAAGAAGGUGCCUGGCCAGUGCUUAUUGAUGACUUUGUGGAGUAUGCAAGACCAGUAAUCAGCUCUCGAAUGAGUACAGUAUAGCCCUACCCCUCCUAGCUCUUCAUUGGAGUGAUGUAUAAUAAAUUAAUUAUUAUAUUAAAUUAAUUAUGUAUUAUUGUUGACUUUUGAGUUGAUUUUUUUAUGAAAAUUGAACAAAUUAA